AAACCAUUGCAAGCAUUUUCAGUGCACAAAAACAUUUCAGUGCACGUCCUACUUGUAAACCUCUACAGCAGGGCGAUUUUGCGCGUUCCCGUGACUCUCGCUUUAGAAAACAAAGCUGAACGUCUUCCAUAUCAGCUAGAGGUGCAGGCUUGAGGAAUAUCCGAAUUUAUUCAGGAUACAUCGUGCUGAAUAUGGAUCUACAGUGGGUGUAGCAUCGUUGGAGACCGAGCCUUCUCGGCUGGGGUGACGGCAGGACAUUAGCGAAACCGACGAAAAUAACAUCAGUGUGUUUUUUUUUCUCGGGGUGCUUUGUCUUGUCCACCUAACGAUAGCAAACCAUCAUUCCCGUUUCAAUUGCGAGAUAUUCAGCUAGUGAUCACUAGCUGCUGCCGGGAUGUAUCAUCAUGUUGUCACCUAAAAGUAACUGCUAGGACGUCGGAUUGUGAAGGAAAAGCAGAAAACCUCGCCGAGGUCCCAACGGGUUGUCACCGGGACCUGAAUCUGUGUUAGCCACAGUCGCAGAGCCCACUGUUUUCGGCGAUAUGGCGGAGCAGGGCUACUCAUCUUGGGCGUACUCCCUAGUUGACUCCAGCCAGGUGUCCACCUUCCUCAUCUCCAUCCUUCUCAUUGUCUAUGGCAGCUUCAGGUCAUUAAACAUGGAUUGUGAGAACCAGGAGAAGGAUAAAGAUGGUAACCCCUCGACAACGGGGUCUUUCAAUAACAGCAACACAAACAACAGUAUUCAGACUAUAGACUCCACACAGGCCCUGUUCCUGCCCAUAGGAGCCUCUGUGUCUCUGCUAGUGAUGUUCUUCUUCUUUGACUCAGUACAGGUGGUCUUCACCAUCUGCACUGCAGUUCUUGCAACAAUUGCAUUUGCAUUCCUCUUGUUGCCAAUGUGCCAGUAUCUGACCAGACCCUGCUCCCCACAGAACAAGAUUUCUUUUGGCUGCUGUGGGCGUUUCACUCUGGCCGAGCUCCUGUCCUUCUCCCUCUCUGUUAUGUUGGUGCUCAUCUGGGUACUGACUGGACAUUGGCUUCUCAUGGACGCUUUAGCCAUGGGCUUGUGUGUCGCCAUGAUAGCCUUUGUGCGGCUUCCCAGUCUGAAGGUGUCUUGCCUGCUGCUGUCAGGACUGCUCAUUUAUGAUGUGUUCUGGGUGUUCUUCUCAGCCUACAUCUUCAAUAGUAAUGUGAUGGUCAAAGUGGCCACCCAACCUGCUGAAAAUCCCAUAGAUGUUCUGUCCAGGAAGCUCCACUUGGGGCCGGGGAUGGGCCGUGAUGUCCCCCGCCUCUCACUACCUGGCAAACUGGUCUUUCCCAGUUCCACAGGAAGUCAUUUCUCAAUGCUGGGAAUAGGAGACAUUGUGAUGCCGGGGCUGCUGUUAUGUUUCGUCCUGCGGUAUGACAACUAUAAGAAGCAAGCGACUGGGGAAGUCCCAGGGCCUGGAAACAUGUCCGGACGCAUGCAGCGCGUCUCGUAUUUCCACUGCACUCUCAUCGGAUACUUUGUGGGUCUGCUGACUGCCACUGUGGCCUCCAGGAUCCAUCGUGCUGCUCAGCCCGCUCUGCUUUACCUGGUGCCCUUCACCCUGCUGCCUCUGCUCACUAUGGCCUACCUGAAGGGGGAUUUGCGGCGCAUGUGGUCGGAGCCCUUCCAUGCCAAGACCAGCAGCUCCCGCUUCCUGGAGGUAUGAUGCACCCUGGGACAAACGAUCAGCGCGGGGAGGACUGCGGAUCCUUUCCCUUAAUUAUUAGAGGGAAGGAGAGAGGGUACACUCACAGUGAGGCCAUGUUGUCAUCACUUGUUCAUGCUUUCUGCCAAUCUUCUGUGAAAACCCUCAGAAGGACACCAGUGUGUGGAUCACAACAGCCCCAACACGACUCAUCUUCGGUCCCCACAUCCUCCCCGUUUCAUCUCCGCUUCCUCUUUUCUGUUUAUUUCCUCUUCAUUAUAGCACAUCCUGCCUGUGCUGUUUUUGCUCUGCCCCCCUGCCUCCCUGUCUUUUUUCCUUUUUCCCUCUUCUAUAGUUGGUCUCAUUUGCCACUUCCCUCCCAUGGCCCACUCUGUUCAACAGGCCUCUUCUCUCUCUGCGUUUCCCUUCUUUUCUCUUUAAUUUCCUCCGCAUCUGUUUGUCACCAACUCAGAUGAACUCGAGGGCCAGACCUCCCCCCUCCCCCUUUUUUGUGGACUUACGGUUGUGAGACAUGGCUGGGGUUUAUAUAUAUUUUUUUAGCAUUGUCGUGGUCAUUAUUAUUAUUAAUAUUAUUAUUAUUAUGGAACGAUUUAAACAAAUGUUGAAGAGGCGGAGCGUUGCAGUGGCACAGGACAGUGCUCGGGAGCAGCGACAACAGUGAAGGAGAAGAGUCUUCCCCCUCCACCCGUCUCCCUCUUUCUUCCCCACUUUCUCCACCUGUCCUCUUCAUCAUCCCCCUCGACGGCGACUUCUCCCCAGCGCUCCCGCCCCUUCUCCCCCGACACUCCCUGCGAGCCCCACCCUCCUCCUCUCUGUUCAUCUGCUGUCCCCAUUCCCCACCCUCACAGAUAACUAUGUAUUUUAUUUAGAAAAGUUUUAUUCUUGGCAUAUACAGAAAUGAUGCAUUAUAAAUUGUUAAGCUGCCCCCCAGUGUUUGACGGGCUGCUUCUAUUUGUAUAUAUGUGUACACAUGUAUUUGCGGUAUCUUGAGUUUGUAUUUGUGUUUGGGAGCAUGUUGUGUAGGGUGGGAAACUGACGCCAGCCAACAGCACCUGUUUUGGUUUUUGGCUGCCAGAUGCGUUGAGUCGACCGGUGAGCAUCCAUCAUUCGAAGGUUGUUUUCUAAAGUUGGUUUGUGUGAUAGAAUUUUUGGAAGGAAAAAAACAAAAAACAUCUUCAUCAGUGGCUGGUUGAUGAAAAAGUUAGUUUCCUGCUCUAGUGUUAAAGUGUGUGUGUGUGUGUGUGUGUGUGUGUGUGUGUGGGAGAGUGAAGCAGAUGAAUGAAUGUUUGUUUUACUUGGUUUUAAUUUGAAUCAUGAACUUGUUUAAAAAAUAACAGUGACAAUAGUCAGGUUUCCAGUGAGCUGGGAGUGUUGGAUCAAACUGUCACAAACACAUGACAUGUCUAAUGGAAACAGUUUGUUUCAUCUUGUAAAAAAAAAUUUACUGAAAACUCAACAGGGGUCAUUUUCCUUUUUAUGAGUCUUUUUGCGGACAGGUGGAAAUGUAAACAGUGUUUUUUUUUUUUUUUUUUUCAAAUAAAUGAAUGUUGAAUUAAUUUUAAAGUAUGCUAUAUUACUUUUCAUCAUGAAACCUCUUCAUGAAUCAUGCUGGGUUUUGUACUGCAUUUCUGUCAUGCACAUCCCAAAUUUACACAUAUUUAUGGCCGUGGAAACACUAAAAGCAUCUUAUGUCAGCUUUCACAAGUCUAUAAAUGUCUGAGCAUGAUUAUAUCAGAUCAUUUUUUUAAAUAUAUUUUGACAAAAGACAAGCACAUCUCAUCUGAACUUUGUAAAUGUCAGUGUUUCACCUCAGUCGAUGAAGACCUGACUAUUGUGAAAGUUUGGACUCGGAGCCUGGAGAUGAGGGUCAGUGGAAUAUGAAGCCUAUAACUGUGGUUGGAUUCAUAUGUAGUUCCAGAUAAAGGGUUCUCUGGGUGGACAGUUAAAUGUGUGUGUGUGUGUGUGUGUGUGUGUGUGUGUGUGUGUGUGUGUGUGUGUGCGCCUGAUCAAAUAACAUUAUUAAGUCUGUUUGGACCUAGGGAGGGGAGAAAAUCAGUUGUGCCCUUCAGAAGUCAAAAACGAAAAUUAGAAUUUGACGCUAACCCAUAGGAUGUUUUUAUCUUGACCUUUUGGUACCUGACAGUCUUACUUUUUUUUUUUUUUUUUUUUUUGGUCCUUCCACUGUUUUGUGGUGCUUGUCAGUUAUUAUCUAAUGUAUACUGGAAAAAGUGCGGGUGAGCGCACGGUAGAGACGUCAGACGACGCAGUUUGCCAGCUUUUUGUGGGUUUAUUUGUUGUUUUUUUUUUUAUUAUUUUAGUUUUACAUUUUUUUUGUUUUGUUUUUUAACUUUUUUAUGCUAUCUGGCCGUGCAUGUGAAGUGUACAGUGUAUCAUUUCUCAGACUGCAUUAACAGGGCUACUGCAGUUUUGAGUCUCUGCUGGCUGACAACGAGGCACUGGACCUAUGAGCUUGUGUCAGUGGGUGGGACAAAGGCAGCAGGUCAGAAAGACUGCGAUUGGUCAGCUCUGACCUCCACUGACUGAUUCACAAAGGCUGAAUAUUAUGACCUGAAUGCUUUCAGGUUGGGACGUUCGGCCUGUUGCUCAAUGCAGUUGUCUGCUCAGACAUUGUGGAACCACAACCCCAUCACCUCUUCAUGGACAUGGAAAGAAAAUAUAUAGAUUUAUAUACAUAUAUAUACAUAUAUGUGUGUGUAUAUAUAUAUAUAUAUAUAUAUAUAUAAAUAACUGAUGACGAUCAUGGUGAUAACAAGUUUCUCUUUCUUUUAAUAGAAACUGGUUUUCUUUUUACCCACUUCUUUAUAAAGUUUUUCUUUCUCCAGUGCUUUAUUUUUUUGUUUGUUUGUUUGUUUUUUGUUUUGUUUUUUUAAUUUUACUUCCCACCUCUUCUCCCCUCCAGCAGAGGACUCCAGCUCUGUUGGUACAUUGAUAUUACGGCUGAAUGGAUUCUGUAUAGAAAAAUGGUGAAUAAAAUAAAUUAAGAACUGUGUAGUGAAACAUGAAUCCUGAAGUGCUUGAUCUAAAAACACUUUGUCUCCUUUUAACCCCUCCCUCUGCCCUUCCCUCUUCUUCCCCUCCUUGUUCAGGAUUCUGCUGUAAAUAAACAUGACUCUAACUGUAA